AUGCCCCAACCCACGCCCCUCACGUCUUGCCCGGAAUGUUUCGACCCGUCAACAAUCCCCUCCGAAUCCAGGGCGUUCAAUCAAAAGCUGAUUGAACUUGCUCUCAGUGCUCCCAAGUGGACGGAAGUGGGAGCUGCCGAGUAUCGGCGUCUACGCGCGGCUGGGAAAACUGUUCUCCCUGGUCCAACUCUCCUGGCAUCCGCAACCGCGUUCCAGAUACCUUCGCGCGACCCGGAUCGCCCUAUUCCAUGCCGACUCCUCAGGCCGCAGAACAACAAGCCUUUGUGUGCCGUUUUCAUGCACAUCCAUGGUGGCGGGUGGGUGCUGCAGGACGAAACAUACCAAGACCCGAGGCUACAGGCCAUAGCUGAUGACCACGGCCUGCUCUGCAUCUCGGUCGGCUACCGGCUCGCACCUGAGCAUCCUUUCCCCGCGGGACCCGAGGAUUGUUACGAUGCUGCAGAAUGGCUCGUAGCCAACGCUGAGGAAAUCCUUGGGGCGCCACUGGGUUUCAUCGGUGGGGAGUCUGCCGGCGCGCAUUUGUCGAUGCUCACAACUAUCCAUUUGCUACAGCAUGAUAAGGUUGAAUUCUCCAGCUUUCGCCUCAGAGGCAUUAUGCUUCAUUUUGGCUGUUAUAGCGUGGACUGGACGCCGAGAGUCUAUUCAUACCGCCGAGGACAAUCCUGUCUCGUUCUGGACCGGGACAGUGUGACUGACUUCCGGGAGGCAUUCCUACCAGACUGUCCGCCCGAGACGCUGAAGGAUCCUCGCGUUAGCCCUCUCUAUGCGGAUCUGGAGAGCUUGAGAGGAAGGCUACCCUCGGCUCUCUUUACGUGCGGCACUGAGGACUGCCUCCUGGACGAUACGUUGUUCAUGAACUCCAAAUGGUUGGUGGCAGGUGGCGAGUCGGUCCUUUGUAUUAUACCGGGUGCGCCGCAUGGUUAUAUUAUGUUCCCCCGACACUUGGUUGGGAGCGGUGCUGAGGCAGGAAUGCGGGCUGUUGAUGAUUUCCUGGCAGUAAGAACCAAGAUUGAUUAA